AUGCUUGCUCUCCUCUCCAUUGUAGCACUGGCUUCAGCCUCUGCAUGCACCCCUACCUACAACUCACGCCCAACUGCAGUCAUUGAUUCCGGCACACUGGUUGGAACAACUACAAAAAUCUCCAUCCCCUCCGCCACAGCUCCUAUCACUGUCAACAAGUACCUCGGGAUCCCCUUUGCGGACAAGCCCGAGCGAUUCCGCCUCGCUGAGCCUGUAUCCCCCUGGACAGUCUUCUUCGACGCCUCGAAUAUCGGGCCGGGAUGCUACCAGGCGAUCAGUGAAGACGCCUAUUGGUACGCCAUCGGCGCUGGUCUCGGUCUGCUCCCGUCGAGGAGAACGAGGACUGUUUGA